AUGUCUCUGGAAAUUGAGAAAGCAUGGCCAUCUCCUUUACCGCUGCUUGACCAACAUGACUCGAGUAGCUCAUAUGACUUCCCAGGAGAUGAAAAAUAUGGCCCGAAAGCCCGAUCUUCGAAUGCUGUUCAUGUAUGGAGUUGGGCAGGACAGCUUCUCUUUUUUCUCACUUCAGUUGUCAUUGCAUUACGACGAUCAUCAGAACCCAACUGUGUCGAGAAACUAUCCACAUACUCGCCAGUACUGGGUUCUAUAAGUGAUGACUAUCAGGAUGUAAGGUUCAACAGUACUGUAUUUGGUGGUAGUCCCUACACAGGAAUGCCUUCCCCCGAGAGAGACAAUCGUUGGUAUGACUUGAUGUCCGACGGUGCUUUCAGCAUCUCCCACGAUGAGCUUCUGAAAGUCGGAGCCCCAGAAAGUUCAGUCAAGUUACCACCUGAUAGCGGAGGCGGUUACAUGGCGUGGCUGGAAGUCUUCCAUCAACUCCACUGCCUUCAUACCUUGUGGCAAAAUACAUGGCCCAGUUACUACAACACCACAGAGAAAGGAUCACAGGAAGAGGAUUCUAUUUAUAGAAAGCACAUUGGUAAACUGGAUAUUCCACAUCAGUACCAGUACAAACUGACAGGAGUAGAUCAUUGUGCCGACAACUUGCGCCAAAAGUUAAUGUGCGAUGCAGAUGCUGGCGUCAUCACCUACGACUGGCUGACGCACCAUAAACACCCGGUUCCUAACUUCAACACUGUGCACAAAUGUCGGAACCUGGGCGCAGUAUGGGAGUGGCAUGCAGAACAUCGGGCGCCGGCAAGUGGCACAGGCGAGCUCAUGAAGACUCCUGACUCUGUGGUGUUGGAUAAACUGCCCUGA